AUGUUCGAAAUGGCCGCCGAUCACGUCAGAUUCAGUUCUGAUUUUGAACUCAUCGGAGGAUACCUGUCGCCUGUGUCCGAUGCCUAUCGCAAGGCGGGUCUCGCCAGCGCAGAGCACCGGGUGGCUAUGUGCCAACUCGCGGUUGAUCAAACCUCCGACUGGUUGAUGGUCGAUACAUGGGAGCCUAUUCAGAAGGAGUACCAGCCGACUGCGGUUGUGUUGGACCAUUUCGACCAUGAGAUCAAUACUGUGCGUAAAGGCGUGGAUGCUGGAAAUGGAACCCGGAAGCCUGUCCGCAUUGCUCUGCUUGCGGGCGCGGAUCUGAUCCAUACCAUGUCCACGCCUGGCGUGUGGAGUGAGAAGGAUUUGGACCACAUUUUGGGUAAAUACGGAUCCUUCAUUGUCGAGCGCAGUGGCACAGACAUCGAUGAGGCUCUGGCCAGUCUGCAACCCUGGAAGGACAAUAUUCACGUUAUCCAGCAACUCAUCCAGAAUGAUGUUAGUAGCACCAAGAUCCGACUCUUCCUCAGACGUGAGAUGAGUGUGCGCUAUCUCAUCCCUGUCCCCGUCAUUCACUAUAUUGAGCAGCACCAUCUAUAUGAGGAUGACGGCAUGGAGAAGGGCAAAGAGCGGCAAGAGGGACGAUCGGGAUGA